AUGCCCGACAAUAAAUUUCUGGUUCCGGCGGCCUUGCAAACCACCGAGGCAAAUCCUUUUCUCGAAAUCAAACAAACCCUCAAUGGCAUGGUCGAUCGCUGCGUUCCAGACCCUACCGUUCCGCCAAACGCCGAUCCCAACGGCACUUCAUCUGUCCUCACGAAGGACCUGCCUCUCAACCCAAAUCACAACACCUGGCUCCGACUUUUUCUCCCCCGGCAAGCCGGAAAAGCUUCUCCGGCCACUAAACUACCUCUCAUUGUCUACUUGCAUGGUGGUGGCUUUGUCUUUAGUCAUGCAAACUCAAUAAUUUAUGACGUUCUCUGCAAAGGAAUAGUCACCGGAGUCGGCGCUAUUGUCGUCUCCGUCGAAUACCGUCUCGCCCCGAAACACCGCCUUCCUGCAGCUUACGAGGACGCCAUUGAAGGGCUUAAAUGGGUCAGAAACUCACAAGAUGAUUGGGUACGUGACUAUGCUGAUCUCUCUAACUGUUAUAUCUGUGGGACUAGUGCAGGUGGAAACCUGGCUUAUCAAGCAGGUCUAAUGGCGACCGAUCUUCAACCAUUGAAGAUCAAAGGGAUGAUCUUGCACCACCCAUAUUUCAGUGGGACCCAAAGAACCGAAUCGGAGAAGAAGAUGGCCAAAGACGUGCUCUUGCCAUUGCACUCGAUCGAUAAGAUGUUUGAUUUAUGCUUGCCUAUAGGAGCUGAUCAUGAUCAUGAGUAUUGCAACCCAACGGCGAAUGGUGGAUCCAAAUAUAUUGAUCGGGUUAAGUCUCUGGGGUGGCGGAUCUUGGUGACGGGUAUGCAUGGUGAUCCGUUGGUUGAUAAAGAUAUGGAGUUUGCCAACAUGUUAGAAGAGAAGGGUGUGCACGUGGUGAAGUUCUUUAGCGAUGGUUAUCAUGCCAUGGAGCUAUUUGACCCGUCUACUGCUCCGCCACUCUUUGCUGCCAUUAAAGAGUUCAUAGCUGCUUAA